AUGAAAUAUGGAAAAAAUGAUCUAAACUUUAUUAAAAAACUUUGCGAUGCACAUAAUUUGGAUAACCCCCUGAUUGUUUAUACAGAUGGUUCAAGAACAGAGGACUCAGCUUCGACAGGUGUCGGCGUGGUCUUUGAAGAGAUGGAUCAAGCUUUCUAUGUCAGCCUCCCGAAAAAGUGCUCGUCAUUCUCAGCGGAAGCCUUCGCAAUAGCUACUGCAUUAAAAAAACUAGAAAAGGAUCAAGAACAAGAAGAGAGAAUUAACAAUCAAAUACUAAUAUUAUCGGAUUGCCAGAGUGUAUUAAAAGCAAUAAAAAACAAUAGGCUAGAUGUAUAUAAGAGUAGCUUUAUAUUAGACAUUAGAAAACGUCAUUCUAGAUUAAAAACUAAAUUCGGUUGGAAAAUUAUUUAUGGAUGGAUCCCAGCUCAUAGAGGUUAUACUGGAAAUGAGAUAGCAGACAGAUUAGCAAAAGUAGGUGCGUCAGAAGUAGCGGAAAUAAAUAUCCCCGUCCCGAUAACGGACUUAAGAAGCAUAUUUAGAGAAGAAGCUUGGAAUAACACGCAGGAUAAAUUAAUUAGUGAAAGUUCAUAUAAAGGCAAGGAUUACUUUCGAAAUUUCCACGACAGAAACAAAAAACAACCUUGGUUUAAAGAAAUUAAAGCGGAGAGAUAUUUUUAUUCUUUCAUUAAUCGUAUAAGAGCGAACCACUACAAUUUAAACGAGUCUUUAGCUAGAAAGAACUAUAUAGAUAUAUCUAGAUGCGACUGCGGCUACGAAAAGGAAGACAUAAAUCAUGUAAUAUGGCAGUGUAGUAGGUACGAUGUGGAAAGGGAAGUGAUGAACGAGGAAUUGGUGAUACGUAACAUUUAA